AUGGCACCCAAGAAGGAUGAACCUCUUCCGAGGACCUGGUCGGACUGGGCCAAAGCGGCCAAAAACCUUGGGGUCUACAGAGCGAGCGUUCAUACGCGAGAAAACUUUCAGUCCGGGACCAACGUCACCAGGGAGGAGCAUCUGCUCCUUAGAGCCCUCUGGACUCUAAGUGAAGAUGAUGCGAUCCCGGAAGAAGAAUUGGGGCUGGGGCCAUACUUUGAAGAUGCAAGUCGCUGGCUUGAUGAUUUUGUGCCGUUUGCUGAAUACCUGAAGGGUAUUGAAAACUCAAGCAUGCCUGGAGUUGACAAUAUGGGGAUUUUCGAGACUGCCUAUUCCCAGCAAUUUCAAGUCCGCAAGUUCCUCCACGAGAAAAAAGACAAAGACAAAAAGGGACUGGACGGCAUCAACGAGGAAAUUGUCAAUGCCUCGCUUAUCUCUUUUCUCACGGCUAUUUGUCUGAAGAACCCCAACGUUCAGGCCUACUGGACUCCUCACCGCGCUACCUUGACAGCGACAUUCAAAAAGGCCAAGCUUGCGAAACAGACGAGCCUCAAUUGCCAGAUAGAUGGUUUUCUGGCUGCGAACAAAACUGCUCAAACCCAAGUGAUUCUUGAAGCCAAAGCAGAUAACCGCGAAAUCCAUGAACCGAACGUCACUAUGCAAGAGACAUAUGAGAUUGUUGCUGCUCUCCUCACCGACGCGCCUAAAGGCCUUCCCAUGAACAGGGUGAUUCUUAUCUCCCAGGACGGAGAAGAGCUCUAUCUUUCUAACGCCACCUACACGGACGAGUACAAGAGUUACAUGAUGGGCACAAAGAGGGGCAUGAUCAAGAAGACCGAGUUUCUUCGGAUCCAGAGAUACGGACCAUGGAGGAUCAAACACUGGAAAGAGGUGGAAAAGUUUGCAAAGCUGGUCUUGGCAAUUGCCCUCCGCGCCAGCGCAGAGCAGCCCUGA